AUGAUGCUGAAGGCAUUCGAGCAUCUCAAGAGGUACCUCUUUUCGGGUCUCAACUACAAAUUCCUCUUCCGCGCCGAAGCCAGUCACACAAGACCGUUACUGAUCCCUCCGCCAGCAGCUCCAAUCCUCAAGCCGAUCGAGGCCAAAUUCCAACUCCGCUUCGAAGCCGGAUGGAAUGCCGGCAAGCGGACCGUCUUCCUCGAGCUGGCUGCCAAAGCCAAACCAAAGAACUCCAAGGAGUUCAGCACGCUGAGCCACCCUCGCGGCUUCCUGGCCUCAGGAGUCAUCUACCAGAACACGCCGCCAGAGAAGCAGGAAGAGGCCACGAUGAGGUUGUGGGACGACUUGAUGCGCCAAGUCAACGAGGAAUCUGAGGAGUAG